AUGGUCGCCCAAACUGCUCCUGAGUUGCAAGCUGUUAUCGACUUGAACGAGGAAAUCUCCAAGCUUGUAACUUCUCUCGGAGGAACACCCUACUCGAUUGUUGUCGGUGAGGAUGGCCGAGUUGUUGUUCCUGAUGAGUUGAAGAAGUCGGAUGAUUCCAACGAUGCCAACAACGAUGCCAACGACGAUGCCACUGACGCCUCCAACAUCGACGACUCCCAAAACAAGGAUCCCCAAGACGAAAACGUUACUCAACAAACCCAAUGA